AUGGCGCAAUUGAAACCCUUUCGCGGCAACUUUUAUCUCUGGGACUAUGUCCCGUCAAAACCAGCGGCCAUACUACUGGCGAUUCUCUUUGGGCUUGCGACGCUCGUCGUUGUGUGGCGCAUGGUUCGGACGCGGACGCUCUUCAGCAUUGCUUUCGCCCUCGGUGGUCUUUUUGAGAUUGCAGGAUACGGCGCCAGAGCCGUGGCCGAGGACAAGACGGACCAGCUGGGACCGUACGUUGUGCAAAGCAUCCUCAUUCUCGUCGCCCCGGCCCUCUACGCGGCAUCCAUCUACAUGACUCUGGGCCGGCUGAUGCGAAGCGUUCAAGGGGAGCGGCACUCACUCGUGCCCGUGCGAUGGCUCACGCGGGCGUUUGUGGCCGGGGACGUGCUGUCGUUCCUCAUGCAGGGCUCUGGCGGCGGGCUCAUGGGGAUGGGCAACUUUAGCCAGGAGACGGCGCAGAACAUCAUUCUCGGCGGGCUGGUUGUGCAGGUUGUCAUGUUCGGCCUCUUCGCCAUCACGGCUGUCGUCUUCGACGUGCGGAUCCGGCGCUGGCCGACGGGCGGCUCGCUCGAGGGAGGCGGGCAGCGGUGGAUGCGCGCCAUGCUGAUGCUGUACGCCACGACGGCGCUCAUCCUCGUCAGGUGCGUCGUCCGCGUCGUCGAGUACGUCAUGGGCAAGGACGGAUACCUGCUGCGCUACGAGUGGACGCUGUACGUGUUUGACGCGGUGCCGAUGCUGGCCGUGACGGUUGUCUACGGGUGGGUGUACCCCGGGGAGCUGACGGCGGCGAACACCAAGGCGUGGCCGCGUGAGCAGGCGAGCUCUCUAUCUGGCCACGAGGGGAUGGGGCUGGCCGAUGGGUUGCGGACGCGUGGCGGCGGUCAUGAGAAGUGA